GUCAAAUUGCAACGUUUUAGGAACACACAUACUCACAUCUUACAGAAAUACACACACCUAAAAUAUAAAUAAUAAAAUAAAAUAAAAGAAAAACAAAAAAAUAUAUAAAACUUACAAUGCCCUUAACCACCAAGACACUGGACAGAGAAGACGAACACGAUAAACCAUUUGGCCUAGAACUCCCGAAACCAGAACUUUUAAUACAUCAACACCCCGAAUCAGAUGAGUCGUUCCUUCAUGAACAAACUACCAAAGUAGAGGAUUUAAUCGAGUACCUGGAAGCGGUUGAAAACGCCAACAAGACCGACGCGGCGAAAAAAAGACUAAAAUCUACGGUUACCAUGGAGGACGUAAAAUGUAUUGUCACCCAGCGAAAUCCUUUGAGCACCACAACAUUUCGUCGAUGCAAAGUAAAAAGAGUCCUAAUUAACACGAACCAGUUCACGUUUAUGCGUCAGAUUGACUCGGAACCCGAAGAUCGCCUUUUGGCCAGAAAACAGCGCGAAGAUGUGGCCGAAACAUUUCGCCGCAUGGGAAAUCGCGAGUAUCGCAAACUGAACUUCACUUUGGCUAGAGAAUACUAUACAAAGGGUAUGCAGUAUAUUAAAGACUCGCCUGUCUUGUACAUAAAUCGAGCCCUUUGCUAUAUCAAGUUGCGCGACUUUAAGCUAGGCAUUAUAGAUUGUGACUAUGUGUUGGCCAAUAUCGACGAAAAGUAUCUACGUGCCUGGCUUUAUAGGGCAGCAGCCUAUAAGCGACUGAAUGAUGAGGCUAACUUCGAGUACAGUGUUGAUCGCGCAAGGCGAUUUAACAGGUCGGAGGCCGAGUUUGUAGAUGAAUUCCUGGAUAGAAUGAGAUCGCUCCUCUAACAAAAUUAUAAAUUCAAAGAGGGUUUGGAUAAUAAACAAAAAUAUAAUAAAUCAUAAUUAAAUA